GCCAGAGCCAAACACAGUACAGCCAACUGCAGUGACAGCUCUUUGGCCACCAGGUGGUGUUUCCGUUCCUUUCUUUGGCCUUAAAGAGAGAAACAUGCCAGAAUCACCAGCCAUGGCCACUGGUUUGGUCCCUAGCGUCAUCUUCUGUGCUUAAAGUUGAAUUUGAUGACAACAUCCAUCAGAGAAUGAGAGGGAAAAAAAGAGGAAAAAAUAACAGCCUGCUUAGAGGAAGGACACAGGGGAAUCAUUCCUUCUGUAUGAGCACUCGAGGAUUGUCGUGAACCAUGAAGCGCAGUAAGAACCGAGGACAAAAGGAGGACAGAAAUGGAGAUGAGCCGGCAAUUUUGGAGACAGAGGACCUGGAUCGCCAGGGCAUGUUCAUGGGAGGAGGCGUGGACCCUGACACCAUCUCACUGGCCUCAGUCACAGCUGUCACCACCAACGUGUCUAAUAAGAGGUCAAAGCCAGACAUCAAGAUGGAGCCCAGCUCUGGAAGACCAGUAGACUAUCAGGUCAGUGUGACAGUGAUUGAAGCCAGACAGCUGGUGGGCUUGAACAUGGAUCCAAUGGUUUGCGUGGAGAUCGGAGAAGAUAAAAAGUACACCUCAAUGAAGGAAUCAACCAACUGCCCAUAUUACAAUGAAUAUUUUGUGUUCGACUUCCACGUCCCUCCAGAUGUUAUGUUUGACAAAAUCCUGAAAGUGUCUGUAGUGCACUCCAAAAAUCUUCUGCGCAGUGGGACCUUGGUUGGAAGUUUUAAAAUGGACGUAGGCACAAUCUACUCCCAGCCUGAUCAUCAGUUUUACCACAAAUGGGCUCUCUUGUCUGACCCUGAUGACAUCACAGCUGGCUGUAAAGGCUACGUUAAAUGUGAUAUUGCAGUUGUGGCUAAAGGGGACACUAUAAAAACUCCACACAAGGCAAAUGAAUCUGAAGAAGAUGACAUAGAGGGGAAUCUCUUAUUACCUGAGGGGGUCCCUGCAGAGAGGCAGUGGGCUCGUUAUUACUUGAAGAUCUACAGAGCUGAGGGGCUCCCCAGAAUGAACACCAGCAUCAUGGCAAAUGUGAAAAAGGCCUUCAUAGGAGAAAAUAAGGACCUGGUUGAUCCUUAUGUCCAAGUACAGUUUGCCGGGCAGAAGGGGAAAACAUCAGUUCAGAAGAGCUGCUAUGAGCCUAUCUGGAACGAGCAAAUUGUUUUCACUGAGAUGUUUCCACCACUUUGCAAACGUAUAAAGAUCCAGCUCCGAGAUUCGGAUAAAGUGAAUGAUGUUGCGAUAGGAACGCACUUCUUAGACCUGCGCAAGAUUUCUAACGAUGGGGACAAAGGCUUCCUUCCGACUCUUGGGCCCGCUUGGGUGAACAUGUAUGGCUCCACUCGUACCUACACCCUGAUGGAUGAAUACCAGGAGUUAAAUGAUGGACUUGGAGAGGGCGUGUCCUUCAGAGCCCGUCUGCUCAUCAGCCUUGGCAUGGAGCUCCUGGACACCUCCUCCCCUGAAAUUACCAGCUCCACAGAGGUGCAGGUGGAGGGAAUACCCAACAUCUCAGAGACUGCAACUGGAAAGGUUGAGGAAUUUUUCCUCUUCAGUUCUUUCCUGGAGGCCACAAUGGUUGACAGAAAGAUUGGUGAUAAGCCCAUACACUUUGAGGUCACCAUAGGUUAUUAUGGAAAUGAGAAUGACGGAGUUGUCAAACCAAAAACAAAGGGGAAGAAGGGUGAUGGAGACGAAGAGGAAACUGAACUGAUCAACAAUUCCAGUGAAGAGGAGAUGGACGACGAUGGAGACCUGCAGUCAGUGGCAACAACCCCACCCAUGAAACCUGUCAUCACCGACCGAAACUAUUUCCAUCUGCCAUAUUUUGAGAGGAAGCCGUGCAUUUACAUUAAGAGCUGGUGGCAAGACCAGAGAAGGAGGCUGUAUAAUGCCAACAUCAUUGACAACAUUGCUGAUAAACUGGAGGAUGGACUGAAUGAUGUGCAAGAGAUCAUUAAAACAGAGAAGGCCUAUCCCGAGCGCAGGCUUAGAGGUGUUCUUGAGGAACUCAGCCAAGGAUGCAGUCAGUUUCUUUCAUUGGCAAACAAGGACCAGAGUCAGUCGGGCAGAACCAAACUUGACAAAGAGAGACUGAAGCUGUGCUUGUCGGAAGUGGAGGCCAUUGGUCAGCAAGCUAAGACCAUGAGGUCACAGGUGAAAAAAAGCACAGUGAGAGACAAGCUGAAGCUGGCUCAGAACUUCCUGUCGAAGCUGCGCUUUCUGGCUGAGGAACCUCAACACAGCAUUCCAGAUGUUUUCAUAUGGAUGAUAAGUAAUGGAAAGCGUAUUGCCUAUGCACGUGUCCCCUCUAAGGACAUCCUUUAUUCCAGCAUAGACGAGGAGAAGGGAAAAGACUGUGGGAAAGUCAAAACAAUCUUUCUCAGGAUCCCUGGCAAAAAGGGCUUUGGACCAGCUGGAUGGACAGUGCAAUCCAAGAUAGAGAUUUAUCUGUGGCUGGGUCUGAGCAGGCAGCGCAAAGACUACCUGAGUGGCUUACCUAAUGGAUUUGAGGAAAAUAAGUUGUCCAGAGGACCCGGCUUGCCAGCCUCACCACCCAUCAGCCUCACCUACAUGAUGAAACAAAUCUUCCAGCUGAGGGUCCACAUGUACCAGGCUCGCAGCCUGUUCGCCGCUGACAGCACAGGUCUGUCCGAUCCAUUUGCAAGAGUUUUCUUCUCAUCGCAAAGCCAAGUCACUGAGGUGCUGGCUGAGACCCUCUGCCCCACGUGGGACCAGCUGCUGGUUUUUGAGAAUGUGGAGUUGUUUGGGGAGGCCAGUGAACUGAGAGAUGACCCUCCUAUUAUUGUCAUUGAGCUCUAUGAUCAAGACACAGUGGGUAAAGCUGACUUCAUGGGCAGAACCUUUGCUAAGCCUGUGGUCAAAAUGGCUGAUGAGCACUACGGUCCCCCACGUUUUCCUCCCCAACUGGAGUACUAUCAGAUCUACCGUGGAAACUGCACCGCUGGAGAAAUGCUGGCAGCCUUUGAACUGCUGCAGAUUGGCCCCAAUGGAAAAGCUGACCUACCUCCCAUAGAUGGUCCUACAGAUAUAGACCGUGGCCCAAUCCUCCCAGUACCACUGGGGAUCAGACCAGUGCUCAGCAAGUACAGGAUUGAAGUUUUGUUCUGGGGCUUGAGGGACCUGAAGAGGGUGAAUCUCGCCCAGGUGGACCGGCCUCGCGUGGACAUUGAAUGUGCUGGAAAGGGAGUUCAGUCUGCCCUCAUCUCCAACUACAGGAAAAACCCCAACUUCAGCACUCUUGUCAAGUGGUUUGAAGUGGACUUACCUGAAAAUGAGUUGCUUCACCCGCCGCUGAACAUCCGAGUAGUGGACUGUAGAGCUUUUGGCCGCUACACUUUGGUUGGCUCUCAUGCUGUCACCACUCUGCGGAAGUUCAUCUACAGGGGAGCUGACAAGCAAGCCAAUAACUGGUCCACUACAGAGGAAAUUAUUGUUGUCAGCAUGGAUUCUGAGCCUUCUUUUAAGAAAGUGGAAACUGUUGUCAGACUUGACUGUGGCUCUGAUGCUGUGGUCAAAGUUGAGGAUGAUGAAAAAGGGAAAAAGAAGAAGAGGAAGAAGGGUGAUGAGAUGGAGGAAGAGGAACUUGAUGAGAGCAUGCUGGACUGGUGGUCCAAAUAUUUCGCUUCCAUUGAAACUUUGACAGAGUCACUCAAGGCUCAAGAGGCAGCUCUCUCAGACUCAGAGGACAAAGAUGACAUGGACAUUGCAGAUGGUGGAGAUAUCAAACCUGAUGACUCUCCUGUGAAAGGCACAAAGAAGGGAAAAGGAAAGAAAGAUAAGAAGAAACCAGCAGUCGAUCCUUAUGAGAAGAAAAAGCCAAAGCUGGAUGAGUUGAAGGUGUAUCCUAAGGAACUGGAAAGCGAGUUUGAUAACUUUGAGGACUGGCUGCACAGUUUUAACCUUUACAGGGGAAAAGCUGGUGAUGAUGAUGAUCAGAAUGUGACAGAUGAAGAUAGGAUUGUUGGAAAAUUCAAAGGUUCGCUGUGCAUGUACAAAGUGUCGGAUGAUAUGCCAAGAGACAUGAACUUUGAUUCCAACAUGGGAAUGUUUAAUAACAUUCCUAGCAAUGAUCCCAUUAACGUCCUUGUUCGGAUCUAUGUCAUCAGGGCAACUGAUCUGCAUCCAGCAGACAUAAAUGGUAAAGCCGACCCCUACAUUGCAAUAAAACUUGGAAAAACAGAGGUAAAAGACAAAGAGAACUACAUCUCAAAACAGCUGAACCCGCUGUUUGGCAAAUCCUUUGAUGUGGAGGCCACAUUCCCAAUGGAUUCCACAUUAACUGUGUCAAUUUAUGACUGGGACUUGGUGGGAACCGAUGAUCUCAUUGGAGAAACCAAAAUUGACCUCGAGAACCGUUUCUACAGCAAACACAGAGCCACAUGUGGUAUCACACGUGCCUACGCCAUCCAUGGUUACAAUGUGUGGCGUGACCCGAUGAAACCCACGCACAUCCUGGCUAAGCUGUGUAAGGAUGGCAAACUGGACGGGCCUCACUAUGGUCCUGCAGGAAGAGUGAAGGUGGAGAAUCGUGUCUUCAUGGCACCAAGAGAGAUAGAGGAUGAAAAUGGUCUGAAGAAGCAGACAGAUGAACACCUUGCCCUUACUGUGCUGAACCACUGGGAAGAAAUUCCACGAGUUGGCUGCAAGCUCGUCCCAGAACACGUGGAGACCAGACCACUGCUCCACCCUGAUAAACCAGGAAUUGAGCAAGGAAGAAUUGAGAUGUGGGUGGAUAUGUUCCCUAAAGAUAUGACAGCACCUGGUCCUGCACUUGACAUUUCACCAAGGAAACCAAAGAAGUUUGAACUGAGGGUCAUAAUUUGGAACACAGAUGAAGUCGUUCUGGAGGAUGAUGACAUCUUCACUGGCGAGAAAUCUAGUGAUAUAUUUGUGCGAGGUUGGUUAAAAGGGCAGCAGGAGGACAAACAGGACACUGAUGUCCACUAUCACUCCAUCACUGGGGAGGGGAAUUUCAACUGGCGCUUCAUCUAUCCAUUUGAUUACCUCAUGGCAGAGGAGAAGAUCGUCAUCUCAAAAAAAGAGUCCAUGUUCGCGUGGGAUGAGACUGAGUACAAGAUCCCUGCUCGUCUUAACCUGCAAGUGUGGGAUGCCGACCAUUUCUCAGCAGAUGAUUUCCUGGGUGCAAUUGAGCUGGACUUGAACCGUUUCCCACGUGGCGCCAAGACUGCCAAGCAGUGUACCAUUGAAAUGGUGACAAAUGAAGGAGAGAUGCCCAUGGUCUCCAUCUUCAAACAGAAGAGGAUCAAAGGCUGGUGGCCCUUUGUGGCCAGGAAUGAAGAAGAUGAGUUUGAGCUUACGGGAAAAGUGGAAGCAGAGCUGCACCUUCUGACAGGAGAGGAGGCAGAGAAAAGUCCAGUUGGUGAAGGACGAAAUGAACCAGAGCCACUGGAGAAACCCAACCGUCCAGAUGUUGCCCUCCUCUGGUUCCUCAUCCCCUUCAAAGCUGCGAAACACCUGAUUUGUGACCAGUACAGGUGGCUGACCAUCAAGAUUGUCACUGCUCUUCUCCUGCUGGCCAUCUUUGCUCUUUUCAUAUACAACAUGCCUGGAUACAUGGUGAAGAAGAUGCUGGGAGCUUAAGAGAAACAGCUGAGGUUUUUACCUUUUCAAAGACUGCGUGUUCAGUGAUAACUUGUAUUCUGUUGUGAAUGAUUUCAGCUUUACAAUAUCAUAAAUUAACCACCGCAUUGUUAAACAGGCGCUAUCACAGUAACACUACUGAUAAUACUUAUUACUUGAGUGUGUCUGAUAUUGUUUAUUAAUGUGUACAAAUCAUAUAAGAUGGUUUUUUUGUUGUUCUUGCAGUUUUUCUUGUUUGUUGAAAUAGUGUUUCCUGUAUUUUCAGUGCUUGUUUUUAAAAUAACUGAACAUUAGUCACCUUCAUAUGUUGUACUGGUUUAAAAGUGAGUAUAUUGUGUUUGAAUUCAGUUUUUUUGCUUUGCAUCUGUGUAUGAUAUUUUAAAUUUGUGAAUAAACUGAGAUGUGGACAAUCCAUUUAUCAGAGGGUUAUGUCAUUUCUACAUGAAUGCCUUCUUUGUUUAGUGCUCAAUAGAAAACUAAAAAAAGAAUGCAUGCAGUGUUGUUUUGUCAUCAGUGAGUAUGGGGUUCAAAUAUGUUGGUUUUUUCUCACUUAUGUUUUUAAUGUAGUACAAGCCAAUUGGUGACAACCUCUAGAUGUUCGGAAAGAAAAUUGGUUUGUCAGUUAUUUGAUGUUAUUUGUCUAACGCAGUGUUUAUAACUC